AUUGAUCGUAUGUAUGAAUUUCAUAGUGUUCGCAGGUUACAAUAAAUCAGACAAUUUUUCAAUUAAAGUUGAAUUAAGAUUGAAAUCGUAGUGUAGUGCGCAAAGACCAUUAAUCGUGAGAUACGGAAUCGAGAACUAUUUAAUGGAUCCGACUAUCGGUUGGUAUCAACCGGAGCAGUUCGGCCCCGCUAAGGAUUUGUGGUUGCACAUUUGGGAAGCUGAGAAAGGUCUUGAUAUCUUAACGUUGAAGAAUGACUCGUCUUCAAAUGUGAUGGGUCUGAAGCUUCAACAAGACUUCAUAGCAUUGGAUACUCUCAAUUCUCGUACGGUAGACCGAAUGCAACAUAACACUUGCAAUAGCUAUUAUAAUCCAUCGCGUAGGAAAGGUGAUAAUCGUGCUAGUACCUACGGCAUGAACUACAAUUACGAUGCCUUAGUCGGAGAAUACGGCGGCUGUCCGUGGCGUGUGCCCAAUAAACAUUAUUCGAAAGGAGUUAUUGGGUUACACGAAGAAAUUGAAGAUUUUUUUGCUUAUAUGUGUCCCUCUAAUGAAGAACAUAGCUUACGAAUGCGUGUUGUCAAAAGGAUAGAACAAGUAAUAUAUGAUCUCUGGCCAGAUUCUAAGGUUGAAAUAUUUGGCAGCUUUCGCACUGGUUUAUAUUUACCUACAAGUGAUAUAGAUUUAGUAGUAAUAGGAAUGUGGAUGAAUCUUCCAUUACGUACUUUGGAACGUGCUUUAUUGGAUCAAAAUAUUGCAGAACCAUCUUCUAUUAAAGUUUUGGAUAAAGCUAGUGUACCCAUUGUCAAGUUAACCGAUAAAGAAACUGAAAUUAAAGUAGACAUCAGUUUUAAUAUGAAUAAUGGUGUUAAAUCUGCAGAUUUGAUCAAUUCUUUUAAGAAGCGGUACCCAGUGCUGGAGAAGCUAGUUAUGGUAUUAAAGCAAUUCUUGUUACAAAGAGACCUGAAUGAAGUUUUUACCGGUGGAAUUUCCUCAUACAGUUUAAUACUUAUGACUAUCAGUUUUUUACAGUUACAUCCCAGGCAAAAUGCUUAUUGUUCAAGUGCUAAUCUUGGGGUGUUGCUAAUAGAAUUUUUGGAACUAUAUGGUAGGAAGUUUAAUUAUGUUAAAACAGGAAUUCGUGUAAAAGAUGGCGGUACUUACAUAUCGAAGGAAGAGGUUCAACGAGAUAUGAUAGAUGGCCAUCGACCUUCUUUAUUGUGCAUAGAAGAUCCACUUACGCCUGGAAAUGAUAUCGGCCGCAGUAGUUAUGGUGCACUGUACGUAAAAGAUGCAUUUGAUUGGGCUUAUUAUGUCCUUUCACAAGCAGUUAGUCCUUUAAAUAUUUUAGUUAACGAUGCAAAUAAAGUAAGUAUACUAGGGAGAAUAAUUCGCGUGACAGAUGAAGUAAUAGAAUAUCGUAAGUGGAUUAAGGAAACAUUCCCGCUACCUUUAAGCGAGGUAGAUUCACUGUCAAGUUCAACUGGAUCUGAUGCAUCAACCCUUUCCGCUCCAGCUAGUGAUACGGAUUCUGAAUGUAGCCGCGGUAAUUCUCCUAACACUGGUGGUAAAGAUGAAGACAGGAAUAAAGAAAGACAUGUAUAUAAUAAUCAACAUACUCAUCAUCAUUUACAGUGGAAAAAGCCAUUUAAAGGAACUGGUAAUCACCAUCACAGUUCCAGAGGAAAUUAUCAUCGCGGAAUAAACAAUAAUAUAAGUGGACAAAGUAAAGCGAAACAUUCUCUUCAUAGUAACGGAAGCAAUAACAAUAGUCACAGUCCAAGUUCAAGGCCACAAACAGUAAAACGAAAAAAACAGUGCAUUACACCUCGUGAUUGUGUACGGUGAUGAAACGUGCAAAAUAAUGUUGGACUUUGUUUAUUAUUUAAGUAGCGAGCUCAGUAUCAUAAUCGUGUGGUGAAAAGACAUUAAUUAACUUUCAUCGCACAUCUAAAUUAUCCUUUCCACUUUAGUGUACAGAGGGGCUCAAUGUCUAUAACGAAGAAGAGUUGAUAAACUCUAACGUUUCUUUUCUUUUUCAUAGGGACGAGUAAGUGCCCCGAAUGUAGUUAAGUUCUUCAUUUCACCAAAAACAUUUUUGUGUUCUGUACGGAAAUUUACAUACCAAAGACGUACAGAAUUGUAAUAUAGAUUGGUUUAGUUUCUACUUCAUCUUUGCAUUACUGCACAUAUUACAAACAACGUUAACAAAAUUGUAUAAUAUUUUAUUAAUUAUUCUUUAUAAAAUUACAAGCUUAUUGCAAUUUUUGAAUAGCAAUUGUGUUCAUAAACAUGAUAAACUCAUUGUAAUACAUUUAUAUAAUACGAACGAUAUAUACAAAGAUUAUUUACAGUGCAGUUUUCUUAAAGAUUUCAUGAAGCUGUAAAACAAGCUCUAAUAAUGAUGAUAAAGACUUAGUUUUCUAUAUGGAACUAUAUUCUUAUAACAAAGGGAUGACAGAAAAAUUGGUGAUAUUGGGACUUACCUAUUGUAAAUAUUGUAAUAUACAUUAUCAAACAUAGAAAAAUAAGUCUAAGAGUUACCUACUGAAUUUUUUUUAUUUUGUACGUACCUACAAUAGUGUUUAUUACAAUAAUUUUAUCAUUUUAAGUCAUGGAUAUGCCUAUGACUAUGUGAGAAUUAUCUAUUUUUUCUGUAAUAUGUAAGUCCAGUAUUGUUGUGAAAAUGUUUUGGUAUACUUUUCGGAUUUAAAUAAAAUUAUAAGUUCGUGUGCUGGUGAUCAACAAAUUUUGAAUAAAAAUAUUUUUGAAAAUACUAACUCAUCACUGAAAAAAAAUACACUUUAGAUUUUUACAGUGUGUUCUUUAAAAUAGUAAUUGUGCAUAAUGCUUUACUUUUUAUACAAAUUUGCUGAUUUCGUAAUACUAGUUUGUAAUUUUUAGUCUCCCCUGAAUAAUAAUACAUUAUUUUUAUAUUAUCAAGUAAUAGUAAGCAUAGAUACGUCAUGAUCUAAUAUCAAAUGAAUUCACUGCACGAAUCAGACAUUGCAUUUAAACAUGUUUAAUAUAGAAAUAUUCUCUAUUAAUUUUUAAAAACUGAGCAAUAUUUCAAAAAAUUUUGUAUAUGACAAUACAUAGAAAGGCCUUGAUAUCACUGAAAACUCCAAAUAUUGUACUGUUAAAUUGUCUUGUAUCUAAGUUAUUAAACGUUACAUUCCGUUCUUCAGUAAAUAAAUUUUGUGUUCUUCAGAUUUAGGAGAAGAAAUAACUGCGUCUAUUAAUAAUGAAUAAUUACCAAUUAAGAUUCUUUAUCCGGAUUGCAUUUUGUGUUAGUACAAGUUGUAAUAUAAUUCAGGCAGUGUCUCCCAUUAAAUUCGAGUGCAGAGAUAAAAAAAAGCCACUAGUAUUCAAUUUCCUUCAAGUUGUAUAAUAUUUUCGCAGUAUUCUGUACAUUAUUGAGUGAAACGUUGUUCAUAAAUAACAUUAUAAGCUGUGAUUCAAUUUUAGAAUUAGAAUGUCAAUUGCUUGUUAUAAUACACAUAUGCGAUACAUGUAUGUGUCUAUAUAUGGAUCUAUGUAUGGUUCUGUGAACACUAAAAUGUCGAUUUUACAUUCUCAAAGCUAUGUAAUUAUUAUUAUUGUUAUUACUACAGAUAACUAGUUUACAAAAGUUAUUACAUUUUUUUAAUUGGGAUCAAACUUUCGUAAAACUUUAUUAUUAAACAUUUGUGAUUUAUGCUUGUCUGUCUUAAAAAAUGACUAAAAAAUGUGUAAGUACUGAAAAUUUAAUAAACAGUGAUAAGAG